UCUCUCUUGAAAUUAAACCCUACCUACCUUCGCUACCAAUGGCCUCUUCACUUGCCAAAAACCUCUUUCCCGGUGGAGGAUUAGCUUCACAUCUUUAUCUAAACGAAAAAAACAUCACUACCCAGUUGGAAUUCAUGGUGAUUCAAUUCCAAUAUUACAUCACAAUGAAGCUGGAACGAGUCAACAAGGCCCUUGAUAAAGUAAUGCCUUUGAGACUCCAUCGAAAAUUGGUAUCAAUUGCUUUAACCUACACAAGCAUGCUUAUGCAUGUACUAAGUUUCCUUCUCAACCUUGCUCUCAUGUUUAUUUUUGCUGAAUCUUGGAGUUCAAAGUUAGAACCCAAGAAAAUCAGUACCGAGUUGGAAAGCAAUGGCUCUCGAGCGUUUAAGCUCGAAGAUUACAUGAAAUGCAAGGCGGAGAAAGUGAACAAGGCACUGGUUGAACUAUUACCACAGAAGGGAAGCUCUGAAAAAAUUUGCGAGUCGAUGGCGUACUCUCUUCUUUCCGGUGGAAAGCGCAUACGCCCAAUACUUUGUAUUGCUGCGUGUGAAUUUGUCGGUGGAAAGGACUCUGCCGCAAUGCCAUUGGCGUGUGCAAUGGAGAUUAUUCACACCUCGUCGUUGAUUAUUGAUGAUCUUCCUUGUAUGGAUGAUGAUGAUCUAAGGCGUGGGAAUCCAUCGAGCCACAAAAAGUACGGUGAAGGCGUUGCAAUUCUUACUAGUACUGCACUGACCUGCCUUGCCUUUGAGCACGUAGUGUCAAAAACAGAAAAUGUUUCCCAAUACCGGAUGGUUCAAGCCAUUUCUGAGCUUGUUUCCGCGGUCGGGUUGGAUGGGCUCGUGUCAGGUCAGUUUAUGGAUCUUGACUGUGAAGGAAAAGAAGUGGCUUUGGAGAAAUUGAAAAAUAUUCAUGUACUCAAAACUGGGAGGCUUUUAGAGGCCGCGGUUGUCUGCGGAGCGAUAAUUGGAGGGGCAAGGGGGGACGAGGUAGAAAGACUUCGGAAAUAUGCAUAUUGUAUUGGAUUACUGUUUCAAGUAGUGGAUGAUAUUCUGGAUGAGACCCAGUCCGCAGAAAAGUUGGGGAAGACUGCUGGCAAGGAUUUGGCGAGCGAUAAGGCCACGUUCCCGAAGCUGCUGGGCCUCGACGGUGCCAAGAAAUAUGCCAAGGAAUUGGUUGAUCAAGCCGUUAAAGAGCUUGGCCAUUUUGAUUCUGCAAGGGCUGCUCCGCUGUACCAUUUAGCUCAUUUCAUUCUCAACCGUCCGUGGUAGUAUGGGUAACGCAAUGCAUGAAUAACGCCUGGUCGUCGAUCAAAUUAGCAAUCUGAGAGAAGGUGCAAUAACCAAAAGUUUUUUCUCACUUUGCCAUGUUAUUUGGCUUAUCGGCAAACACCCUUGGACGACCUUUGGGCAUGUAUUACUUGUG